ACAGCAGGCUGCAGGCAGGCUUUUCUGCUGCCUUUUGUUCGCUAGCCGUGCAAAAGAGCCGUAUCCAUGCAGGAGCACACUUUCUUUGGAAAAUGAUCAUCUGUACGAAUAAAAUGGAGUACCCCCUGAGAACCCAGUGCCAGCGAGUCCAGAAACAGAUGAUGGUGAAUGGUGAGAAGGAGCGAGUGUCGCUGCUAUUCAUGAAAGCUCUGGUCAGCAGGGGGAGUGUGGACGCCGUGUCCCAGCAGAUGGCGUCGCACCCUCAGUACUUGGAGAGCUUCCUGCGCACUCAGCACUACAUCCUGCACAUGGACGGCCCCCUGCCCCUGCCAUACCGCCAUUAUAUCGCCAUCAUGGCUUCUGCACAACAUCACUGCAACUACCUGGUGUUCCUGCACUCUGCUCAGUUUCUGAGGGUGGGCGGGGACCCUAUGUGGCUGGAGGGUUUGGAGGUGGCCCCUCCUCGCCUCCGUCUCCUCGACCACAUCAAUAAGGUGCUGGCCCACCAACCCUGGCUCACAGCCUGCUCAGACAUCCAGACUCUGCUGAAGUCGGGCGAGCAGUGCUGGUCUCUGGCUGAGCUGGUGCAGGCCGUGGUGAUCCUGGCCCACUGCCACUCCCUCUGCAGCUUUGUGGUUGGAUGUGAUACGGAUUCAGAAUUCCCUGUACCUCUCUCCAAAUCUCCCAACGGUACCCCUCCAACCUUCUGCCCCUUCGAUGCUGCCAACGGAAACACCAACGUGCCUCAGUCUCUGGCUUCUCCCUCUGAACACAUUACACAGCCAUGGUCUCUGGACUCCAACUGUGACAUGAUGUGUCUGAAAGAGAGAAUUCAGAAGUCCCAGGAGGAGCGAGAGAAGAGAGAAGAGCGUCUGCUGCAGGCCCAAACACUCCAGCAAACAGAUAUGGAGGAAGAGGAGGAGAUGAUUUGUUUCGCAGACCCGACGCGUUUUAUCACGGAUCCCGACUUCUGCUAUCACGAGUUCGCUCGGACAGAGGAGGACCACUUUCAAGUGUUUAGAAUUCAGGACUAUUCAUGGGAGGACCACGGCUUCUCCUUAGUCAACAGGUUGUAUUCAGACAUCGGGCACCUCUUGGACGACCGAUUCAGGAGCGUGACCACCCUCCCCUCUUUGCACAGCCCUGACCUGAAGAGGGCGAUCUGGAACUACAUCCACUGUGUGUUAGGAAUACGGUACGAUGAUUAUAAUUAUGGAGAGGUGAACCAGCUGCUGCAGCGGGAUUUGAAGCUGUACAUAAAGGCGGUGGCCUGUUUUCCGGAUGCUACCAAAAAUCCAGUGUGUCCGCUGAGCUGGGCUCCGCUAAAAAGCUCAGAACGGAUACACGUGAAUUUACUAAUCAUGGAGGCCCGGCUGCAGGCUGAGCUGCUGUACGCUCUCAGAGCCAUCACCCAGUACAUGAUCACCUGAGAGCUCGGACAGACACGAAUCUACAACUUUCCGCCGGUACAGAGAGACCCAGAGACACGAGGAUGAAGAAAUCUUAACAGCCGACAGCGAAGCAGGACAAGAGUGGCACCUUUAAGGACAGAGCUCUGUUAUCCUGAAGCUGUGCCUCAUGAAUGUGCUUUAUUUUCAGAUUUAAUGUAUUUAUACCAGUGUGCCACAUCCCCCUUCCUCUUCCUCCUCCUCCUCUUCCUCGCCACUCCUGCAGAUGGUCGUGAAGUUCUCUUAUCAAACAUCUAUGCUCUCAAAGGUUAUGUGCAAUUAUUAACUAACCUUGUUUUAUUUUUUUUUUACCAGUUCUUUGUUCCUGCUCAGUCAGUGGGUUGCAGUGGCCAAUACUCUCCCUUUUAGUCGGAUCCUUUUGUAUCGACUAUACCCCUCACACACACACAAAGUGUAAAUGUUUAAUGAAUGUUAUUGGGAGAGUUAGAGGGCCGGUUUUUUGUUCAGUUUUUUUGGACAAUCUUUGUCAGUGUUGGAGGAGGACAUUUAAAAAUGAGCUGUGAUAGAGGACAGUUUAGCUCUCCAUAACAUUUCGUAUUAAUGCUGUCCAAGAACGAACAACAGUGACACUGCUGGAAGUUAUUACUUCACUUUAGUUUCUUUUAAUAAGCACUUUUUUUUAACUUUAUAUAUUUAUAAUGCAAGGUAGCUCUUAGGAGACAUAAAAACGGUGCACAGUGUUUGGGUCAGACGUCUUUCUUCUCCUGUAUACAACGUGUAAUGAAGAUUUUUACGCCGUUAUGUCCCUUCAAACGUUUUCACAUUUUGGCUUCGUUAUCAACCCCAGAUUUCUGAGUGAAGUCGCUCGAUUUAGUGAGAUCAUUUAGUGAACUAUUGGAAAGACGUUGAAGGUUAUAAUGUUUUCAAAACAAAAGCAUCCAAACCUAAACUAAUGUCCAGCAGUCAGAGAGCCGAUUCUCACAGUGGACAUUAAGCUGAGCCUUUCACUAAAUGGUUCAUUUUGUUCAUUCAGUGAUCAAAGCAAGAUCACAUGAUCAAAAGAAAGACUGAAUUUGAAAUCAAAGGAUGUUUUAAAAAAAAAAAAAAAACUUAAACAAAAUGAUGAAUUGAAAGAUUACAAAUGUCCAGAGGCAGAUCUGCACUGGUCAUGAGUUUAGGUCAAGUACAGAUUUGAUUUUCUGUGUAACUUUGUGUUGAAGCUCUUUGUCCAUGGUACAAUUUGAAGAGCAGAACAAUGUUCAAACUAGCUGUUAAAACUGCUUAUUUCUGUCUUUUUACUUUUAUUUUUACAGUUGGAUAAACUCUAGAGUGCAUUUGUUUAGUUUCUGGAUGUGAUGUAGGACCUGUUUAGAUACUGAGGUGUGACGGACUGUUUGGAGUUAAGCGUUUGUAACUUCAGGAUGUAGAAAAGAAACUGAAGUGCAUAUUGACAAAAGCAAAAGUACUGUUAACACAGGUGCCUUCAGGUGUAAACUGGAGAGCUGCUGAAGUGGACAGAUGUAACUACUGGAGGCUGAAUGUGGGUUCUGCAGAUGAAAAACACUCUCAGCUGACGAGUAGCAGACUUGUGGUUUCUCCCCCCCAUGAAUGGGAAACUGUUUUUUUUUUUUCCUUGGACUUAGUCAGCACCAUUUCUGAUAAACAUCACAGAGAACGUGAACAGCCAAGUUUUCAAUCAGUCCCUUUCUAUGAGCCGCAGCGACUCAGCAAGAGCCUUUGACACAGAUGGAUGUGAAAAAAUGUUCAAUUUGAGCAGAAAAAAAAGGAAAAUUAUUUAAAGAAGAAAAACAACAAAAAAGAGAACAAGAGAAAAGACAAAAAACAUGUUUUUUUGAAAAUGUGAAGAAAUGUUUUCUAUAAAGAUGCUCUAUGUAAAACAA